GGGCAGAGUGGAAUCAGUGUACUGCAGGAGCAUGAGAUUACUGCUUUCUGCUUUCUGGCUCGUGCUGGGAUGGUGCCUGGCUGGAGCCCUGGAGAGUGGGAUGCUCUACCCCCGGGAGUCCUCUUCCAGGGAGCUGAAGGAUCUCAGCGGCCUCUGGAGCUUCAGGGCAGACUGGUCAGAGCAAAGGGAUGCAGGAUUUGUGGAGCAGUGGUACAAACGGCCACUCCAGCAGACAGGGCCAGUAAUGGACAUGCCAGUCCCCGCCAGCUUCAAUGAAAUAACUCAAGAUCCAAAGUUGCGGAGAUAUGUCGGCUGGGUGUGGUAUGAGAAGGAGGUGCUUCCACCGGACCGCUGGCUCUUGAGAGAUCCUGGGACUCGUAUUGUGCUCCGAAUUGGCAGUGCACACUAUUACUCCAUUGUGUGGGUGAAUGGGGUGCAAGUCACUGAGCAUGAAGGAGGACACCUCCCCUUCGAAGUGGAGAUCAGUGAAAUCCUGCAUAGGAGUCCCAGAGAACCCUGCCGCAUCACCAUUGCGAUCAAUAAUACCCUGACACCACACACACUGCCUCCAGGAACAAUUCAGUAUUUGAAAGAUGAGUCCAUGUAUCCAAAGGGCUACUUUGUUCAAAACACAAGAUUUGAUUUCUUCAACUAUGCUGGAAUUCACCGCCCGGUCUUGUUCUAUACCACACCCUUGGCCUACAUUGACGAUAUCACAGUAACCACAGCCUUGAAGGGAAACGUGGGCCUGGUUCAUUAUUUGGUGUCUGUACAAGGAAGCUCAGACUACAACUUAUCCCUGACUUUGUAUGACAGUGACCAUUUUGCUGUAGCAACAGGAAAUGGGUUGGCUGGUGAACUGAAAGUGCUGGAUCCUGUUCUCUGGUGGCCGUACUUGAUGAAUGAACGUCCUGGGUACCUCUACUCCUUGAAGGUCACACUCUCUGCUGUUGUGGAUGGCUCCAUCUCUGAAGACAUCUACGUGCAACCAGUUGGCAUCCGUACCAUCUUCGUUGCUCGCAACCAGUUCCUCAUUAAUGGGAAACCAUUCUAUUUUCACGGGGUCAACAAACAUGAAGAUGCUGAUAUCCGUGGCAAAGGUCUAGACUGGCCUCUGAUCAUGAAGGAUUUCAACCUUUUGCGCUGGCUAGGGGCCAAUUCUUUCCGCACCAGCCAUUAUCCGUAUGCUGAGGAGAUCAUGGAGCUUUGCGAUGCUUAUGGCAUCGUCGUGAUUGAUGAGGGCCCAGCAGUGGGCAUGCGUGACAGUCUGAACUUUGGGAACCAGUCUCUCCAACACCACCUCGUCGUGAUGGAGGAGCUGAUCCGGCGGGACAAAAACCGACCCUCGGUUGUGAUGUGGUCAGUUGCCAAUGAACCAGCCUCAGAGCUGCCUCUGGCUGGUUACUACUUCAAGACAGUGAUAGCCCACACCAAAGCUUUGGACCCCACCCGGCCUGUCACGUUGGUCUCGAAUGCUAAUUACCUCCGAGAUCAGGGGGCACCUUAUGUGGAUGUCAUCUGUGUGAAUAGCUACUACUCCUGGUACCAUGAUUCAGGACAUCUGGAAGUGAUCGGGCUGCAGCUGAACACAGAGUUUGAGAACUGGUAUACUACCCAUCAGAAGCCCAUCAUUCAGAGUGAAUAUGGAGCAGACACCAUCAGUGGCUUUCAUGCUGACCCCCCUCUCAUGUUCUCUGAGGAAUACCAGGCAGCUGUACUCAAAGGCUAUCAUGCCGUCUUAGACCGAAAGAGGAAGGAGUAUGUGAUCGGAGAGCUCAUCUGGAAUUUUGCCGAUUUUAUGACAGAACAAGGGGUGACACGCGUCAUGGGUAACAAGAAAGGGAUUUUCACCCGCCAACGGCAACCCAAAGCAGCUGCCUUCCUUCUGAAAGAAAGAUACUGGAAGCUUGCCAAUGAAUCCAGAUCUCUGAUGCCACCCACCCCAUGCAGUGUGUGCUUGCCCUAAGCGCACUUCUCCAAGUUUGCUUAACGCAGUACCUUUUAAGGUACUGCAAGAGGUUCCAGCACAGAUGUGCUAUCGAAGGAGCAUUCAAAUACAGGUAGCUCUUCUACAAUCAGAUGUCAAAGAACAAACGUACUUAGGUCAUGAAAUCUAAUCAGCGAAGCCACUAGCAGGACUGGUGACAAGCAUCGGCAACCAUAAGUUUAUUCUUCCUUUACAAAGAGUCAGAGAAAAAGAUACUGCAUGGACAUGUUUCUCUCUGAUUUUGAAAAACAUUUGCCCAACUCUAAGGGCCAAAGCAUUUCUUAGCCUUAUUAAAGUGUUUUACAAUCUUUUGA